AUGGUAUGUCUUCCUACACAAAUAAGUCGUCCUCAAUCAGGCCUCUGGGAGAAUGACGUAUAUCCAACAACUUUUAUGGACACUCUUCAGGAGCCACUCUACUUCAAAGGAAAUCCUAAUAGAUAUAAUCAUUUUGGAACAUUUGGUCCUAGCAACUUUGCAUACGAUCAUUCACAGGUUCAGAAUAUCAGCGAAUUUAAUGACAUUUCAUUUCCCCAAUACUUUAAUACCAUGCAGCCUAAUCAAUUAUGGAGAACUCGAAGCGUAGGAGCAACAUUUUCUGCAGGAAAUUUCCCAUUUAAUUAUGAUCUUGUGAAUCACAUUCGAAACAACACCGGUUCACUCAAGCAUCUUAAUCCCCAAAAUGAUAAUCUCUUACCCCCACCUCCCAAUCUUGUCUUAACUCCAGUGAGCAAAACCAGUGAAGACUUAAAGAAGUUUCCAAGAAUUACCAUGAAUCCCGUGUCAACGUCUGCUGCAGUAUAUGAUGACGUGGCAAGCAGUUCAACCAUAACAAUAAAUUCCAAGGAACCUAAAAUUUUCAAUUUGCCAAGGGACCCAAUUCUUCCAAGUUUGGUUGAAUUUGACAAAUCACCGAAGUCAGCUCCUAAUGUUUCAAGUAAAGUGUAG